AUGUAUAACCAACGUAAAUAUUGGGCUAAAGCCUUCUUGAAAGAUUUUUUCUUUGCUGGCAUGACAUCAAGCAGAAGAAGUGAGAGUAUUCACUCUUUUUUUGAUGGAUAUGUAAAUUCCAAGACCAUGUUGAAUGAGUUCGUAAUACAGUAUGAUAAAGCUGUUGAGGCUCGAAGGGCUGCCGAAGAAGAUGAAGACUUCAAGACCAUGAACUCCAAGCCAGUUCUUUCUUCUGUUAAUUUGAUAGAGGCAAAAGCGAGUUCACAUUACACAAGAAAUCUCUUUGAUGUAUUAAAAAAGGAAUGGAUUGAAGCUACCUUCAAUUUAACUCAUGAGACCAUAAGCAAGACUUCUGAAGAAAUCAUAUAUAAGGUUGGACAACUAGAUAUAGAUAAAAUAUAUUGGAGAAAUGUUAACUUUCGUGUCUCAGAUAAGAUAGAUGUUACAUGUUCAUGUGCAAAGUUUGAAACAUAUGGGAUAUUAUGCAAGCAUAUCUUGUAUGUCUUGAAGAAGAGACAAGUUGAAACUCUACCUGGUCAUUAUAUUUUACCUAGGUGGACUCUAGAUGCAAGGUAUAAGGUGGAUAAUUGCACUAUUAGGCUCGAAGACACACAUAAUGAGAAUGAAGUAAGUGGGUUAACUUUAUGGUAUGUUCAAUCAAAUUUUAGAAAAGCGAUCGAACAAGCAAGAGAUUCCCCGAUUGAGAUAAAGAAACUAAACAUUAUCCUUUUGAAGUUUUUAGAAGAGCAAAGUAUUCGAACAAGGUCGAAACAAUUAGAGACCGCUUCACAAGAUUCUAUGGCUGGAAGCUCUAAAGUGAACAUGAUACCUCAAAUUUCUAUUCAGGAUCCACUAGUCCAUACUAAUACUAAAGGUCGACCUAAAGUGCAACUCGAAUCAAAUCAUCCCUUGAAGCACCAAAAAAGAGAGCGUGUUCUCACUACAAGAAACUAG